UUCGUCUUAAAUUAUAAUAAUUCACUCAAUCGUUUUUCUCCUCCAAAGUAAAAUUGUAGUAUCAUAUCAUUUAGCUGUUGGAUAAACAUAUGAACACAAUAAAACCACACUAAAAACUUAAAAGCUUGUAUAAGGUAAGUUUGACUUUCAAAACAAAUCUAGCACUUUAGUGGCUGCGGUUUCCAUGACUACGGAUCAGAAAAGUGAGCAGAUUUCUGAACAGCUUUUUUGUUACUUUAGAUAUCUCACAAAAACUUGUAAUAACGCAUCCUGCAAAAACAUAAGCUGCGCUCGCUGACAGAAAUUCCAGCAGGUGUGUUAAACAGCUUUAAAGUGGUGUUCGCGUUUACAUUGUGUUUCAGGACGCAAAAACACAGGAAUAUUACUUGUCUGUGUGUGGAGGCCUUGCGUUUGACGCACACAGUCUUUGAACCGUUUUACUGUGCCUGUGUGACGCGACGCGUACACUGCAAGCGAUGGAAUCCCGACGUCGACCAGUCAGAGCGCUCGUAUUAUAAUAAGGAAGCGCGACGCGUCUAUCUGAAAUGACAUCAGUACCUAGUCGACCAAUUAAAGACCUCGUUUACGCGACGCGGCACGUUCGCGUUUAUUUGCAGCAGAUGGGGUUUGACUCACUCACUGAAUGCGGUUUGGUGAAGUAUUUCCUCUGUGUUAUGGUAGAAACGUCGUCACGGCUGCAUUUGAGCUUCUCACACUAAUUAGUGCUUGUCACUCUCAAGAAUCAACGAUGAAUCAAAACAAAGUUACAAGGAAGUAGAUAUUAUGAAAGAAGACUAACUAGUAAAACAAGUGUUAGUGCAGUUGUUGAUAAAACUGUCCUGAUUACAGAACUGCACAGAUCAUAAUCAUAAUUUCAACAGUCUCGGGACUCAAACAGUAUCUGCAAGUCUUGUUUGGAGAGCCUCUAGAAAGCUGCUAAAGAACAUCAACAACAUUUUUCUUACAAAUCGUCUUCAAAAAUAAAUCUUAGCUAAUGUGCUUGAAAUGAAAGUUCUCUAAAACAAAAGAUAUUUGCAUUUUUGAACAUCCAUCAAAUCUGUGCAUAUUUUGGCUUAAAAUCGAAGAGCCAGGACAAUUGCUGGAGCCAUGCAGGUCUCUUGAACAAUUUCCAACAGUGAUCUGCCAACUUUUCCAUUGAAUGAUUUUAAGUUUCCCUGCACGUGUGGAGUAAGUGUCCCUAAAGCCAAUGGCAAUGUCACAUGCAGCUAAGCCCUUAAAAAGUUCAGAAAGCCUUGCUGCAUCACAGGAUGAUGACCUUUCCAGUUUGAAGGCUUUGACUGAGAAGCUGAAACUGGAGACCAGAAAGCCGUCUUACCUGGACUGGAGAGCCCAGCUGGAGGCGAUGCUGGCCCAGAGCCACAGAGUCUCAGAUGCGUUAGCGGCACCGGGUGACACGGAGAAACAAAAAACAUCAGGUCCUCUUAAGUGGGCGAAGCCGUCACUGGCCGCUGGUGUGAUCCUUGAAGGGAGGCAGCCAUCGGUGAACAGACUGGGAUUUGGAAGUAUAGACAGAGCGUUGGAGUGGCUCAGGAAAGAGCUGGCAGAGAUGCGUUUACAGGACCAGCAGCUUGCACGUCAGCUAAUGCACCUGCGCAGUGACAUUAACAACCAGAGAAUCGUGCAAACGUGUAACCAACAUCGCAAGAUGCUGAACGAUGCCACGUUUGAGCUGGAGGAGCGAGACGAUAUGUCAGAUUUAUGUGAUGUCCCCAUGUCUCCUGGAUUAGGUCUCUCCUCGACACUCAAGGUCAUCGGGGUCACCAAGAUGAACAUCAACUCUCGGCGGUUCUCCCUGUGCUAACAGCAGGACACAGAGGACCAUGUUUUUAUCUUAAAGGGGUCAUGACAUGGAUUUUUUUGUAUUAUUUUAAUAUGUUCCUUGAGGUUCACCUAUAAUGUUAUUUAUGUUAAAUAUGCUGAAGAAAAAUUAUUAUUUUAAGCCUUCAU